AUGCCGCAUCAAGUUUUUGGCGCCGUUGCCGGGGAUUGCAUCAUAAACACUUGCAUAGUACUUGGAGAUGAAUCACAACACCAACAUCCACUUUGGGAACCGGACACUGAUCCCACACGAUCUCCACGGCCGGAGUUACCAAGACCCAGCCGUAACAUCGUGCCACAUCCGUUCCCUCCCAACCGCGCUCAUCCGACGUUUGAAGGACCUAGCCGAGACGAGCAUCAUUACCAUCAUCAUCAAAACCGACCUCCGGUUUAUCAUCAACCACCUAGACCAGUGUUGCAUUCACACCACGACCAUGUUCUCAAUAGGCGGAGAGAUAGCCAUUUCGAUGCCGUGCUUGAGGGUUUCAUGGAGAGCCAAAGAAAAACUAGCCGCGACAUUGAGACAAAGCUAGAGUUCACGCGAUACGAACUAGAUGGAAGACUUGGAGAACUCUCUACCCAAAUAGAGAGAGUAGAGUCAAGAUGCUUGGACAUGGAGGAAGAUUUGAAGAAGCAAGGCGAGGCCAUUGAAGACAAUAGGAGAGCGAUACACUUUACCAAAGUUUCUACCAAGGAGAUGGACAAUCACUUAGAUGAGAAGAUCACAAGUCUUGAUAACAACCUCGAUGGCACCACCAAGAGUCUCAAUUCAAUAACAGCAGUAGCUCAUCAAGCUAAGAGGGAGGUAGCCGAAGUGACCCUAAAGGAGAGGCAAUGUUACUCGACGAUGCUUACAUUGGUGGAAGGGCAAAAACAAGUGAAGGCACAAAUCCGAGAUUUACACAUCUCUCUAGACAAGAGGAGCCAAGAUAUUCAAAGAAGAGCUAGAGGGCUUGAAGACAAAGUAGAUGGAGUCUCCAAGGAAGUCAAGGAUUUAACCACUCGCUUAGCCAACUUGGAAGAGAAGGUCUUGACCGAGCAAAGACGACCGUUCCUAAGCACAACCAUGCCGCGCCCGUCUUUACUAUAA